AUCGGUGUGGAUGGAUCACUUUCAACGACCGACAUUGACAGCACCCCAAGGAGGACAGAAAACACAAGGAGACUGAUCAAUCGUGAGAUGAGCUGCCAUUCUGUUGGACUUCACCUGUGUGGAUGAGAAAGCAGAAUAAGAAGGAAGAAAGGGAAUGGACUGAGACCCUGCACAACAACGCAGCACGCUCGCAAAACCCUGCUGUCUGAGAUCAAUUGCACAGAGGGGAAACGUAGGGAUACCGAAACAGAGCCAGACCCCUUUUUUGUUUCAUCUGACAAAACAACUGAAAAAAUAAACCAAAACAAUAAUAGGCUACAAAAAAAAAAAAAAAAAACAAAAAAAAAAAAAAAAAACAGGAAUGACACUGAAGGGCUGUGUUCUAAAUGUUGUUUGUUGUACUCAUUGCAACAUGUAGAAGGGGUUACUGCAUUUGGUCAGCCGAAAAUAGAAGCUAGACAAAAAAGCUUCCCUUUCCAGUUUUUUAUCGAGUCAUGUCUUAUCCGAUGAGAUGGGCAAGAUCGACGACAACGAGAGGAUAAUCCUCAAUGUUGGGGGCACCAGGCACGAAACCUACCGCAACACGCUGAAGACCUUGCCGGGGACACGGCUUGCUCUGCUUGCUUCUGAGUCUGACACAGAGUCUGGAGUUGAUCAGCGGCAACAAGUCGAGUUCAAUCCCAAGAACAACAGAUACUUUUUCGAUCGCCACCCGGGCGUUUUCGCCUAUGUGCUUAACUACUACCGCACCGGGAAACUCCACUGCCCCGCUGAUGUCUGCGGCCCCUUGUUCGAGGAAGAGCUGGCUUUCUGGGGAAUCGAUGAGACUGAUGUGGAGCCCUGCUGCUGGAUGACUUACCGGCAGCACAGGGAUGCAGAAGAGGCGCUCGACAUUUUUGAGAUCAGCGGGGAUCCGGGAGACGGGGAGGACGAAGAUGUAAGCAAGAGGCUAGGCAUUGAGGACGUGGCGUCACCUGAAUGCAAAGUCAGCCGCUGGAAAAAGUGGCAACCGGUUGUGUGGGCUUUGUUUGAAGACCCCUAUUCUUCCAGAUCAGCAAGGUUUGUUGCCUUCGCCUCCUUGUUUUUUAUCCUUGCCUCAAUCACCACCUUUUGUCUGGAGACCCACGAGGCUUUUAAUACAAUCAUAAACAAAACUGAACUGAUAAGGAACGACAGCCUAUCUGAUCAGAAUGCACAGUACGAGAUUGUAACGGACCCCGCUCUGACUUAUGUAGAAGGCAUCUGCGUACUGUGGUUUACUCUUGAGUUUCUGGUGCGUGUCGCAUUCUGCCCUGACAAGCUUGAAUUUGUUAAAAACCUCCUGAACAUUAUUGACUGUGUGGCAAUCUUGCCAUUUUACCUGGAAAUGGCUCUGAGUGGACUUUCAUCCAAAGCUGCUAAAGACGCUCUUGGCUUCCUGAGGGUUGUUAGGUUCGUCAGGAUUCUACGAAUCUUUAAGCUAACCCGUCAUUUUGUAGGACUACGAGUGCUUGGGCACACCCUGAAAGCUAGCACCAAUGAAUUUUUGUUGCUCAUCAUAUUUUUAGCUCUGGGAGUGUUAAUAUUUGCCACCAUGAUCUAUUAUGCCGAAAGAUUAGGAGCAAGUUCCAAUGACCCAACUGCUAGUGACCACACACAGUUCAAAAAUAUUCCUAUCGGAUUCUGGUGGGCGGUUGUCACCAUGACCACACUUGGGUAUGGCGACAUGUAUCCUCAGACUUGGUCGGGCAUGUUGGUGGGAGCUCUGUGUGCGUUGUCCGGGGUGCUCACAAUAGCCAUGCCUGUGCCCGUCAUCGUCAAUAACUUUGGAAUGUACUACUCACUAGCCAUGGCCAAGCAGAAGCUUCCACGAAAGAGAAAGAAGUACAUACCUCAAGCUCCUCAAGGUGGCUCCCCUACGCUCUGCAAGACUGACCUGAACAUGCCUUGCAAUAGCACCCUCAGUGACGCUUGUCAUGCCAGGGAGAACAGGCUGAUGGAACACAACAGAUCAGGUGAAGCCAGUGGAGGAAGUGACCUGCGUUUGUCACCUGACGAAAGGCUCCCAAUCAGACGGUCUAGCACCAGAGACGACAACAGAAGAGGGGGAACAUGUUUCUUACUGACAACAAGCGAGUACACGUGUUCUACAGGUGGAGGGAUCAGGAAAGGAUAUGAAAAAUCCAGAAGCUUAAACAACAUAACUGGCUUGGCUAACAAUGCUCUGAGGCUGUCUCCAGUAACUUCACCCUACAGCUCACCCUGUCCUUUGAGACGAUCUCGAUCUCCCAUUCCAUCAGUCUUGUAAAACGAGGCUGCAGCAGUGGGUCCAGUAGAAUUCAAUUCCAAGCAUUGUAACUGCAUAAAGGAAGUCAUUACAUGUAGUAAUAAAUCUAGCCACUAGUACAGUAGUUCAGCUUACAUUGUACAUGAGGUCAACUGUGAAUAGUAGGCAAGAAAUAUUUUGUAAACAGAAGAUCCCUACUGUGUAUCUUUGACUUUUAACAUUAUUAAACAUUGUGCAUCUCCUUUUUAAACUAAUUGUCCUGUAUUACUUCUGGCAAUAAGAGGACAUUUAGUGGAUCUCAUUGGCCAGUAUGCUGAAUAACAUGUUUUAUAUUAGGGAGAAUAUAUAGAUAUAUACAUAUAUAAAAACAAAGAAAAUAUGUGCUUCCAAAUGAUAUAACUUUUUUGGAUCGCUUCAUUUCUGUGACUUUUAUCCAUUCUGAAGAUAUGUGGACCCCUGUCUUGAUCACUUUUUUUGCAUGGAUCAUCCUGUCUCAUCGUUUGAAAGCAAUGUUGUUAAAUUUGCUGGGACGCAGAUGGCACUGACUAUGUGUGUGCGCCUUGUACCAUUCGCUGACACCAAUGCAUCAGCCAACUUGUUUCUGCAUGUGCCAAUAUAUUGUGCUGGUUGCUGCCUGGUAUGCUGUACAAACUGGAGUUUCGACUAGCAGGCUCCCAAACUGAGUGUCUUCGGUUGUUUAUACACGCAGAUAACUGCAAAGAGGUUGUCAUUACUGGGUACAUGCAAGCAGAGGCCAGCUCUCUUUCUUAAUGGCUUCGGGAAGACACAAGCGUGACAGAAAGGUAACACUGACAUAACGGCUGGCAUUUUAUAAAAAACGAAAUGUUUCAAUUAUUCAACACUUACCUGAAAACAGCCCUAAAAACAACAAGUAUUAUCUCCUUGCGGUGCAUGUUUUACAUUGUUCACCAGCCAUAUAGAAUAUAUAAACAUAGAAUAUACAUCAUUAAAUGUGGCCAUACAUAAACUGCUGAAUUACCCCUUUUGUUAUGGUGGGGAUUUACAUAUUAAGUAAAACAAAAUAAAAAAAAAACAACAACACUAAAAUCAAUCA